UUUCAGCCCAACGUCGCGAAGAAACACAUCGAACAGAAGUUUGUGCUACAGUUACUCGAUUUGUUUGACAGCGAAGAUCCGCGCGAACGAGACUUUCUGAAGACUACUUUACAUCGAAUUUACGGCAAAUUUCUAGGAUUGAGAGCAUAUAUUAGGAAACAAAUAAAUAAUAUAUUUUAUCGAUUUAUUUAUGAAACUGAACGCCACAACGGUGUCGCAGAACUGCUCGAGAUCUUAGGCAGUAUUAUCAAUGGAUUUGCGUUACCCCUGAAGGAUGAACACAAGGUUUUCCUACUUAAAGUACUAAUGCCUUUACAUAAAGUCAAAUCAUUGAGUGUAUAUCACCCGCAACUGGCCUACUGUGUGGUCCAGUUCCUCGAGAAGGACCCCAGUCUCACAGAAAACGUAAUAAUAAGUCUAUUGAAGUUCUGGCCAAAGGUUCACAGCCCUAAAGAAGUGAUGUUUUUGAAUGAAUUGGAGGAGAUUCUGGAUGUGAUAGAACCGGCAGAGUUCCAGAAAGUGAUGACUCAGCUGUUCCGACAGCUCACCAAAUGUGUGUCAUCGCCGCACUUCCAGGUGGCCGAACGGGCCCUCUAUUACUGGAACAACGAAUACAUAAUGAGUUUGAUUACAGACAACGCGACCACCAUUCUGCCCGUUAUGUUCCCCGCCCUCUACCGCAACUCCAAGUCUCACUGGAAUAAGACUAUCCAUGGGUUGAUAUACAACGCGUUGAAGUUGUUUAUGGAAAUGAAUCAGAGAUUGUUUGAUGAAUGCGUUCAGAACUACAAACAGGAGAGACAUUCUGAGAAAUCAAAAUUGAAGAAUAGAGAUGAGGCGUGGAAUAAGAUCGAGGAUUUGGCGCUAAAUAAUCCUUAUUUCGUUGAUUUGAAACAAAAAGGAGACAUUAGUCUGGAUUUGACGCAUAAUUUGAAUUAUCAAAACCAGAACGAAGUCUUAUCGCCAACUGAUGACUACGAAGACAUCUCUUAUGAGAAGUUUGAGACCGAAGCUAAAGAGGCGAAAAAGAUGUUAAAACGGGACAAACCAUUGCUUCGCCGAAAGAGUGAGCUGUUCUCUCCCGACCCGCAACUACUCACUCACAAAAGUCACGAUCAGUUUCUUCUGACACAAUCGGAAACCCAUAGUUGAGAUAAUAGUCAUAGACAUCGAAUGCAUCGGAUUUUGUGUUAAUAAACGAUUACCAGUAUAUUUAUCAUCACUUCUAUUGAUAUACACUUUGUUGUCAUCCUAUCAUUGAAUGCCUAAUAUUGGAGAAUAACUCACAAAUCGCUGCUAUUAUUUGUAAUAUUAGUAUAAAAUUUAAACCAAAAAACGUCAAAUAGUUUAUAAUUGAGUGCCUAUACUAUUAUUAUAUCAUUAAUUACCGUAUUUUCUCAGUUUUUGCAUAACAUUCCCAAAUGUCGAGAG